UAGGUUUGCUUGCUAUCCAUCUCCACGACCCCUGUUCCGAAAUAAUGAGGCCACUAAGAGAUAUUGCUGCGGAAGUUGGAGGGGGCAAUCCGACCCAAAAACAAAGCCUGCAGGCUGUCGAAGGGCUCUGGAACGAAUGGGAGAUCCAUUGCCUCAUACUUGCAAGCUUUGGUCUACAAGUAUUCCUCUUCUUCACAGCAGGCAUGCGGAGGCACAGCGUGUCCCGCAUCCUCAACUCCCUUAUAUGGCUGGCCUACUUAUCAGCUGACUUUGUGGCCAUUUUUAUUCUUGGACAUCUCGCGGUCCAUGCAAGCAGCUCACACCAUCUUCUUAUCUUCUGGGCACCGUUCCUACUCCUCCACCUGGGAGGGCAGGACACAAUCACUGCCUUCUCCAUGCAAGACAACGAGCUCUGGCGGCGCCACCUACUAGGAUUGGUCACCCAAGCAUUAACAGCCUGCUAUGUCAUCUCCAUAUCAUCUUGGCAAGACAGCCGAUUACUAGCUGCCACGGUGCUCAUGUUCUUGUCUGGGGUUUUCAAGUACAUUGGGCGUACCCUUUGCCUUUUCGCAUCUAGCCCAGAUUUCCUCGGAUUUAAUAGCGCGCUUGAUUUUAAGGAUUAUGUACGCGGUGGUAGUUCGGGGAGGGAAUCUUCUGAGGAUAUACUAAAGCAAAGAGUACAUGAUAUGAUGCUUAAUGACGACAAUGUGAAGCUGCCGCCCCCUCCCACCUAUAUCUCAGAUAUACUGCUGGAUAGCCCACUCAAUGAUAGGGAUACUAUUGAAGGUGCAGAUAUCAUACCAGAGUUGCUCAAUGUGCUCAAGUCUAGUGCAGACCGCUCCAGGGCUUACGUUUAUGUCAGCGCACUGCUUGUUCGUGAGUAUGAACUCGUCUACACCAAGUUCAGGCUUCAUUCUUUGUGGAUGGACUGUUCCAGAAUAAUGUUCCGAGAUCCAUCUGAUGUUGGAAAAGUGCUAAUAAGCACGGUAGUUUCUCUCAUUUUAUCAUUUCUCGUGCUCUUCCCACUUAUUUCGGCCUUGAUAACAUUGGAGCUCUUCAUGGUCGUCGCCAAGGCCCAACUCUACAACCAGACAGAUGUCACAGUCUCCUACAUAUUACUCAUAGGGGCCAUACUCCUCGAGUUGGCAUCUCUCUUCAUGUCCAUUCUUUCCUACUUCGCAUCGAGUGAUGCACCUAAAUCUUGUACACCACCUCGUGUAGUCCUGCGUGCAGCCAACUAUAUUCACCCUGCAGGCCGACAUAGAAAACAGUGGUCCAAAAUGCUUGCACAAUAUAGCAUGAUGACUGACAAGCAUAAGACAUUUUCAAGAAUCGCCAUAGGUAAUGAUCUCGAGGAGCUUGUCCUUGAUAAGUUGUUAGACUUGGGAACAGGGGAGCAAGGAGGCUGGAACUUUGCUAGUUUUCGUGGACAACUAGCGCUUCAGAGGUGGACUGGUAUGCGCACGAUCAUUGACAAUGCUGACCUGCCAACAAGUGUGCUAAUUUGGCACAUUGCAACAGAGAUAUGCUACUCCGAAGAAGAAAGCAUCACUGGUCCUCAUCAAACUGAAAAGAUAAGGGUGAGCAGAGAGCUAUCAAACUAUAUGAUGUACCUUGUCUUUACGUGCGGUGUGAUGCUUACAAGAAGCUCCAAGCACGUACUUACCAAAACUCACACUGAAUUCAAGAAACUUUUUGGAGGAAAUCCUAUUCUAGUUGUUUUAGAAGCUACCAGCAUACUGCAUGAAGUUAUCAGAGAAGGGCAACAAUCAGCUGGUACGGACAAUAUUGGCAGCCAUCCGGUAAAUCAAGUGCAACUUCUGAAAAACAAUAUGAAGGCUCUUGAUUCUCGGGUGUACCCUCGUGCAUUUACAAUGUAUACUGAGUUGAAUGGCAUGCCUCGAGACGACCGUUGGGACCUCAUCACAGAGGUAUGGUUGGAGAUGCUCUUCUACAUCGCGCCUCGCUGCGGGGGUGCUUUCCAUGCUCAUCAUCUCAGUACUGGCGGUGAGUUCGUGACGCAUGUCCUCCAACUCAUGCAUUUACUAGGCCCUUUUCUACCACUGCCAGAUGCUUAGCUACCACUACCGCCAGGGGUCACCCUGAUGUCAAGCUCCAAGAUAUCAUCCUUAGCCCCGGUUUCGCCGACGUGCGUCAACUAAAUAAAAAUUGUGCAUUGUAUCUUUAAUAUUUUUAAUGGCAAGUGUGUUCCCUUUUCCAAAUAAGCUAGCGCACAAGCUCACGACAUGUGUGAGACGUGCGCAUGUACAAAAUAUUUGUAUUGUGUCUAGAUAGCUAAUGACAGCUCCAAGUGCCAUGGUUUGUGUGGUUAUGGGAUCCAUGCGCACUAGAAGCGGUCCUUCACCGUUUUUCAUGCGGAAAAAGUCCGGAGUGUUUUCCUUCC